UAAUACUAAAAGUCUAUCGAAAUAUUUACAUCUGUACACGAGCAGUUGUUAUCUAAUCGCCGAAGUUUCGCCGAAAUUGCGCACAGAAAAAUAGGAUUUGUUUUCAUCGGGAAAUUAUGCGUUUGAAAGAGAAGGAUGAUUAGACGUCAGCAACCUCAAUAUGAUUGUAAUAUUAAGCCGGUCGAGCUUCAGUAAACCUAGAGAAACGCAACCAAAAUGAUCAAAUUCCUUCUGUUCGCCACUUUGAUGGUUCCGGCCAUCCUGGCCCAGACACCAGUUCGUCAGUGCCCCAACGGAGCCCCGAUGCCACAAUCGGUGAACAUCAACGAUUGCACCGGAUCGCCCUGUCCGAUUCGCAACGGUCAACGGCUGCUUGCCCAAGGCGUCGGAAUCACCAGCCCCGUUGCCACCAACGGACUCGAGGCGUACAUCACGAUCCGGCUGGGUAUUCUGCAAAUCCCAUUCCCGAUGCCGGAGGGAUUGGAAGAUGCUUGCUCGAUGGGAACCCCUCCCGGAACGUGCCCGGUGUCAGCAGGACAGGUUUUCGAUUACGACUUGGACAUGGAAGGUCAAUCGUUGCCACUGAGCGGAGUAACCGUCCUGAUCGAGGUCGGCUUGCGAGCGGAUGAUGGUUCACAUGUCACCUGUUUGCAGUUCGAUGCUUUGAUCACAAACUAGAUUUAAACAAAGGAGAUAAAUUUAGACGUUAAUUUAACAACUAUCUACGUUCUAACAUAUGAAAAUGGGCUUCGUGGCC